CCCACACUACCCUUCCCAAGCCCAAAAAGUUAAAAAAAAUAAAAAAUAAAAAUAGAGAUUUUAGAAUUGGAAUUUAGAUAGGCAAAGCAUAAAGUAAAAUAACCGCAGAAUAUGCUUUGCUCUGUUGCGCAGAUUAUCCUUUCCUCUUUACUCGCUCAUCUUUUCGUUCAGUUCCUUCCUUCUUAUGAUUCUCUUCCUAAAUUCUCUCAUUAAUUUUCCUCUCUCCAAAACAACCACCAUUUAAUCCUGUACUUAAACCCUUCCUCAGCAACCAAUUAGCGAUAUUUUCACUAAAGAAGAAAUUAAGAAAGUGUUGUUAUGGAGCUCCUAACCUCCAUGGUAGAAUUUUAUGGCAUGGCGUGCCUGGUGCUUUUUGUCAUUAUCUUGCCCUUAUACCUCAGUAAGGUCACCAGCGACACUCGCCGCACGCCAAAAGUUUGCGUCCACCGCGAACCGCUUUCUCAUGCCGAACGGUUGACGGUUCAGCCCGCUCAAAGCAAGAGCAAGGUCGGUUCUGUUAAUCCGGUUCAAGCUGCCACGUGCCUCCAAACGAAACGCGAUAUACACGAGGCGGUUAGUUCUGUUCCCACGGUCGAAUCCGAUUCCAAUGUUACUGUGGACUCAGACCCUGACAUUGCCGUUAAAGAUGAAAUCGUCGAGCCUGACGAGAAGAACAUGGAAAGUGCUGCUGCUGAUGAUGAUGAUGAUUGGGAAGGGAUUGAGAAGAGUGAGGUGGAGAAAGAGUUUAUGGCGGCUACGGAAUUCGUUAGUGGAGAGGGUAAUAGAUUGGAAAGUGUUGGAAGCAACGUGCAAAUGGAGCUGUAUGGGCUUCACAAGGUUGCCAUCGAAGGACCUUGCUGUGAACCUCCGCCAAUGCCUCUCAAGCUCUCUGCACGUGCCAAGUGGAAUGCUUGGCAAAAGCUGGGGAACAUGAGUCCAGAGGUUGCAAUGGAGCAGUAUAUCAGCCUUCUUUCAGAUAAAUUUCCGGGAUGGAUGAAAGAUCCUUCUGCUGGAAUGAGUGAACAUGAACCCACAAGACCUGAAGUUUCCGACUCUGCUGCUUCUGAUAUAAGCACAACUUUGUCUCAUCAACAAAUGAUCAUAACUGAAAGCAGGGAACUUGAACAAGUGUCUGAUUUCAAGGAUCACAACCCACUUACAGAAUCAGAUUUGGAGAACAAUGUUAAUAAAUGAUGGCAUCUCUCUGGUAUUUUGCUGCGCCAUGUGACCUUCUCCUGCAUUUAUUUGGGCAAAAAGAAGACUGAUUCCAAGUAUAUAAGUUUGUUUCGAAGCAUUAGAGUCUUGGGCUGUUUGCUUUCUGCUUUGUUUCUUCAAUUAUAUGAUGAUCAUGAUGUGUUCUAAUGUUCUUCAUUAUCAAGUUGUUAAUAUAUGCAUUUAUUGUACAUAAAUAAAUGUGUGUAUAGGAUCAUAUGCGCUGCGUACGUCUGGUUUAAGAUACCUAUUUAUAAAAUUCUUAGUCACGUGAAAUCCGGUUA